UGAAGCAGCUGUGUGGUUAUUUGGCAAUCCCAGGAUGUGGACUUGAAACUCUGAGAUUCGAGCGCGGUGGUUUGUCAGAGAUCAGCUGUGAUUAUUUGGCAACAGCGCUGAAUUUCAACCCUUCCCAUCUGAGAGUGCUUGACCUGAGUCACAACAAGCUGCAGGAUUCAGGAGUGAAGCAUCUGUGUGGUUUUCUGGAGAGUCCAGGGUGUAGACUUGAAACUCUGGGAUUGUGGAGCUGUGGUUUGUCAAAGAUCGGCUGUGAUUAUCUGGCAGCAGCGCUGACGUCCAACCCCUCCCAUCUGAGAGAGCUAGACCUGAGAUGGAACAACCUGAAGGGUUCACGAGUGAAGCAUCUGUGUGGUUUUCUGGAGAAUCCAGCAUGUGGACUUGAAACUCUGAGGGUUGAUGACAAGACUUUUAAAUCUUCCAGAGACAAAACCUUGAGUGAGAAAGUUGCAGCUGAAGAAGAUGGUGACUCUGAGGUUAGUGUGAAUCCAGACUCAUUAGACAAACAGCUUGAUUUGUCUAAGGAUGACACAGAGCUCAUUAAGCCUCCAUCAAGUUUCACCCCUGGAGUACAAAUUGAAUCUACACAAAUCUCCUACAGGUUCAGGUGUCCUCGUCCAGGUGUGUUUCAGUGUACUCUGACCAGGCUGGUGUUUGUUAUGGCUCAGGAGGCGGAGUUGUUGUACAGGACUGUCCAGUGGGAUGAGAGCCUCCUUCAACCAGCUGGAAAAACACCUGCAGGGCCGCUGUUCAACAUCACAUGCUCUGAGGAUGCAGUCCGUCAGCUCCACCUGCCACACUGUGAAACAAAGGAGGCGCUGCGUGUUGAUGGCCUGUUGUCUGUUGCCCACAUCUCUGAUGAUGGGAUGAGCAUCUUGGAGCCGCUGGAGAUCACUACCACCCAUGUGGUUGUGAAAGUCCCUCACCUUUCUGCCUUUGGGCUCAUCUGGGAUGUCUUUAAGCGGUUCCUGAACAUAAAUGGGCAAGUUCUGCUCUUCUUCCGACCUCUGGAGACAGGACCUCAAAGAAUCAACAUGUUUCUGCUGCAGGAAAAUAUUCCUUUGCCAGAGGUGGCUGCCCAACAAGAAGAUGAUGCUGAAUACAUCCAAACCCCUGCUGACUGUCUUUUCAAGUUCCAGCAAAGGUACAGUGUCCACUGUGAACCUGAGAGCCUGAUAAUACAGCCAGAGCAAACACAAUUUCGCUCAAAGUUUGGCCCAAAUUACCAUCCAACAUUUCAAGUUUUCCUAAAUACAAAUCCACAGAUUGUGACUCUGAUAGUCAAAGACCAAGAGGGAACAGAAACCUGGAAAUCAUCUGUUUACCUGCCAGCACCAAGAACAGAAACCUUGUUGAGGAAUUUCCCAGCUGAGGCCCAAGUCCCAGCAGAUGAGAGGCUUUUCACAAUUCGCUCACGGUUUAUUGACAGUGUUUCUGAGUCUAUUUUAAACAAACUUCUGGAUAAACUCCUCCAGCAGCGUGUUAUCAAUGAUCAGGAGAUGGAAUCAUUCAGGUCAAAGCAGAGCAGAGCAGAUAAAGCACGAGACAUGAUUGACACGGUGCGACGAAAAGGAAGUGAAGCCAGCUCACUUCUGAUCGCUGCUAUCUGUGAGGAGGAUCAAUGCCUUUCCACAGAGCUGAACUUAAUGUGACUUAUAAUGAAAAUAAUAAUAAUAAUAAAUUUUAUUUAUAGGUGCCUUUAAGACCCUCAAAGUCACCUUACAAUAGUACAGUAGCAACAUUACAAUAUAAUCAAACAUAGCAAAAUAAAAUUUAGACAUAAGGUACAAAAAAAAGCAUGAAAGUAUAAUAGCAAGUAUAAAAGCUAAGCAAUGUAAAACCAGACUAAGACGGAAUCAUGGUGAAGGAUAUGGAAUUCUGAAUAGAUGGGUUUUGGGAUGUGAUUUAAAAGUGGUGAGAGAGUUUGUAGUCCAGAGAUCUGGUGGAAGUGCAUUCCAAAAUCUUGGGGCACAACAACUAAAGGCUCUGAGUCCCAUGUUAGGCAGGCGAGUAGGUGGAAAAGACUGAAGGGAGGCUGAAGAAGUACGGAGUGUACGAGGGGAUGAGUACAUAUUGCGAAGAUCACAUAGAUAUGGAGGAGCGAAGUCAUGAAGCACUUUGAAAAUAAGAAACAGGAUCUUGAAAUUAAGACGGAGGUGAAUUGGAAGUCAAUGGAGCUGUUAAGGAACAGGUGUUAUAUGUUUAGUGGACAAGAAGAGGGCAAUUGUUGAUGAAGAUUCUCAAUCUGUAAUUCUGGAUACAAUAUAAGCACCUGUAUUUUACACUGCAAUUUAUGGAGAGAUUUAUGAGGUAGACCAGGGGUCGGCAACCUGCGG